UAUUCUCCACAUUACAAGCUGUUACAACCUCGGAAAACGUGUUAGAGUUUCUCCGAAUAGAGAAAGAGAAUAUAUUUUCCUUUUCCUUCCUUUUAUUUUUCUCUCCGAAAUUUGUUUUCCCUGGAAAGAUGGGAACUGAAAUCCUUCACUCCCACGAUUGCCUUCAAGAUAGGUUUCGUAAGGAAGCCCUAACCCUAACCCCUACUUUCAAAACUCAUCGAAACGCUAACCCUAACCCUAACCCUAACGGCGCUAACUCUAGCCGCCGGAAGCGUAGUCCGAUGAAGAUCCAGUCGAGUAAAGAUCGGAGUGAGAGGUCCAUGGUGGCCAAGUCUCCCUCCCAAAACCUCGUCAUGGGGGAGGUCAAGAUCCUCAAGCGCGGCGAGGCGUUGACUCAGCCGAAGACGAAGACUGACUUUGGCUUAACCCUCGCCGGCGCUGAUAAUCGGAAGCCGAAAUUGAAGAGCAAAGGUGGAGAUGUGGUGGUUUCGGAUCUGGGUUUAGGAUCCACGGACCGUUUGGGUCCGGAUCCGGAAACCGUCCAGAAGCAGAUUAGGGUUGCGGAAUUCAACGCCGUCGACGGAAUCUACGCCGGUUCGGCUUUCGUAACGUCUCCGCCUCCGAGUUCUCUGCCCGUGCCGGGCUUCUUAGGGAAGAACAGCCCCGCCACCAGCGACUUGCGCCGGUUGUUGGGUCUCGACUAGUACCUCUGCAUAAUUUAGUAACUUUCUGAGAUUUGCUCUCAUCUUUUGAUUUUUCGCGUUGGCUCAUGAAGUCUUCCUCGAAAUUUUUGACCGGAGGAUAUGGCUUUGGAGUGCGAGCAAAAAAAAAAAAAAAGGGUAAAAGCAAAAAAACGAAGCCUUUCGCCGUUGAUUGCUUAUUUAGUUUUUUAAGUUUAGAGUAAGUCUAUGUUUGUUUGUUAAUUUUAGGUACAGGUUAAUUUAUGUUUCUGUAUAUAAACUUAGCCUGCUAAAGAGUGAGGACUGUGAGAGUGGUAUUUUCUUCUAUUAAAGGGUGUGUGCGUUUUGGGUUGGGUUUAUUUUUUACUUAAAUGGGGUUUAGGUUUGCUAUUUACUUGUUAAUCUAAGUGGUGGUGAUAUUAGGGGUAGUAUCAGUUCGUUGGUACUUGUAGUACUAAAUACUGAUGUUUCUCUUCAAAUUAUGUAAUAAAAUAUCAUAUUAGUAGUAAACAAUUUCCUUUAUAUUUGUAUGUA